UCUACGUUUCUUUCACUCAUAUCCACUCAUCUCUAAUGGGAAUUCAUCCAUGCGUCACUGGAACGCCGAGACAAGCACAUCUCUUUUUGUCAUUACUCCUGCUGAUCUUCGCUCAGGCCAGAUACUCGGCUCAAGGUAGGCCAUCAUUUCAUCUUAUGGAGGUCACUGAGGAGGAAAAAGGCCAGGAGAUGGCGAUGGUGGGAGCCCUGAUUGGAUCGAGGCCACCAAGAUGUGAGAGGAGGUGUCUCUCUUGUGGCCCUUGUGAGGCAGUGCAAGUACCUGCAGUACCACAGGGCAAGAAUAGGAAUCGGUAUUCCCCCAAAACAAUCGCUACGAGAGGUGACGACAGCUCCAACUACAAGCCUUUGAGCUGGAAAUGCAAGUGUGGACACAUGAUCCUCAAUCCAUGACUACUUAAUGGCAAUCAGUUAGAAGAAGAGACAAUCAGAGCGCCAUUUAAACCGUCCAAAGAUACUUCUCGAGAAGUGACAAUGCUUUGGUGAACUUUCUAAUUUUUUGGUCGUCUUUGUGUUGUUUCUUUUGUUCAUGUUCUUUGUUUUGAACGUGGGAAUUACUCUCUUUCUGCACUCAGUGGUGUAAAAAAUAUCCCCACAUUCAUUGCUGGUUCGAUGUCGAACUUCAGAGUUUUAGAUGCCAGUAAUUAAGGUUUUGUCUUCGUAAUUUGUAUGCUCGUGCUGGUGUUACGCUGUGAAUACAUAACAUAUUAUAGGAAUUUGGGCUCGU